AUCUAUACCGACAUGACCGUUGACAAAUACGGCCGCUUCUUCCUUUCCGUCUCACUCUUCAUCUAUAUCAGUCCCUUCUCCCACUAUAACAAUUCUUCUACACUUCCCCUUUGCCCCCACAGACACACACACACACACACACACAUAUAUAUAUAGCAAUCCAGAAAUAGGGAAAGCAAGAAAUGGGAGCUGCAACAGAUAUCUUGGUAGUCCCAUUUUUCGGCCAGGGCCAUCUCUUUCCAUGUGCUGAGCUCUGCAAACGCUUGUCUUCCCACAACCACAAAUCCAUCUUCAUCAUCCCUUCUCAUCUCUCCUCCUCCAUCUCUUCCGAUCUCCAUCACCACCCCUCCGUCGAAGUCAUCCAAAUCGACCACCACGACCUGGGCCACGGGAUCCAGUCUUUCCUCUCCGGAAGGUACCAGAAUGUUCGGCCCGCAUUCGUGGUGGUUGACGUCUUGAUGAUCCGGCUCAAACCUAUCUUCAUCAAGGCCAACAUACCCAUCGUCUCCUUCUUCACCUCCGGCGCCUGCGCAACUGCCAUGGAGUAUGCCGCAUCCAAACCUCAACCUGCACUACCCGGCCUGCCCCACGGCAUAGCCAUGACCGAUUUGGACAUCAAAAGGCGGGAUCGCCGCCGCAAGGAUCGAGGCGAGAGGCCCGGACGCCUCAAUCUCGGCCCGAACCUAGGCCCGCCCAAAUCAGGCCCGCUCGCCCGUUGGAUGGAUCAGACCGAAGACUCUGCCGCUUUAAUAAUCAACACCUGUGAUGAUCUCGAAGCUCCGUUUCUCAAAUUCCUCACAAGCCAGGUCGAGAAGCCCGUUUUCGGCGUGGGCCCGUUGCUGCCGGAUUCGUUCUGGAAAUCGAUCGGGUCGGUCGUUCGCGAUAGCAGCAGGCCGGGCCGCGAUACGAACUACACGGAAGAGGAGGUGAUCCAAUGGCUGGAUUCGAAGCCACGUGGCUCGGUCAUCUACGUGUCGUUCGGUAGCGAGGUGGGGCCAUCCGUGGAGGAGUAUGAUGAGCUGGCGGAGGCGCUGGCGGAGACGGAGAAGUCGUUCAUAUGGGUCAUCCAACCCGGAGCCGGGAAGCCCGGCCCGCCCGCCAACAUGUUUGGCGGGAAAGACUCAUCUGAAGAAGAGGAUGAAGAAGAAGAAGAAGCAGGGUAUCUGCCGCAUGGGUUGGAGGAGAGAGUUGGGAAUAGAGGGCUGAUCAUAAAGGGGUGGGCGCCGCAGCUGUCGAUACUGAGCCACCCGUCGACGGGAGGGUUUCUGUCGCACUGCGGGUGGAAUUCGACGGUGGAGGCCAUCUGCUGUGGCGUGCCGAUCUUGGGGUGGCCGAUCAGGGGAGACCAGUUUUAUGAUGCCAACAUGGUGGCGGAGUAUCUCAAGGUUGGGCACAAGGUUGAGGUUAGUGAUGAGAAAUCAAUAAUGGUGAAGAAGAAUGAUGUGAUGGGAGGGAUUAAGGCGGUGAUGGAUGAUGGAGGAGUUGGAGAUCGAGCAAUGGGGUUGAGAGGCAUCUUUGAGGCUGGUUAUCCCUCCACCUCUGCUGCAUCUUGCAAGGCAUUGAUUCAGUUUUUAAGCACCAAGUAGAGACUAUUUUCAACAGCAAUUUAUGACUGAUUUUCACUCUUUUUGGCGGUUAAUAUAAAUUUGUAGCACAUGUAGUUGAUCAUGUGUAGCAAGUUCUGCACGUUUUAUGAUUUAUUAUAUAUAUAAAGGUAUUUGCUUCCACGUGUA